AAGUUGCAAUCGGAGCUAAGCUUGGCUCACAUCCCAACAAGCUAAAAAGUGUACAGUGAGGCACUUGAGCGCUGCAGCGGCUAUGGUUGAGUUUAGGCUAGGCUAGGCUAUGCUAGGCUAGGCUAGGCUAACGAGGUUCUCCAGAUGUUGUCGCCCAGGUGAAGUCGUCGAACAGGAAAAAGCAAUAAAGGAAGAGGAGGAGUUUUUUUUUCCCCUCUUUCGCCCACCCCACACAAACACGCACCUAUUUUGGCACGCUCCCACUUCCUGGUUGACUUUUGUUUUUGUUUUCCAACUUUGUUUCGUCCGUCGUCUUUGCGCUAAAAACAUCGCGGUGAGAAUAUGUACCGGAACCUGCUGGGGCUGCUCGGCAGGGGGGCGACGGGCUGCCGGCCGGGCGCCGCCGCCGCCAUCGACCGUCUCUCGCUGCCGCUGCCGCUCCCGGCGGGGUCGACGUCCGCGUCUCCGCUGCCUCGGCACCGCCGCUACUCGCAGGCGGCCGUCGACGACCAAAACUUCUUCGCCAUGGUGGAGGGCUUCUUCGAGCGCGGCGCCGCAAUCGUGGAGAACAAGCUGGUGGACGAGCUGAAGACGCGAGAGAGCCCCGAGAACAAGAGGAAGCGCGUCCGCGGGAUCCUGAAGAUCAUCAAGCCGUGCAACCACGUCCUCAGCGUCAGCUUCCCCAUCAAGAGGGACAGCGGCGAGUGGGAGGUGGUCGAGGGCUACCGGGCGCAGCACAGCCAGCACAGGACGCCCUGCAAGGGAGGGAUCCGUUACAGCACGGACGUGUGCGCCGACGAGGUCAAAGCGUUGGCGUCGCUCAUGACCUACAAAUGCGCCGUUGUUGAUGUUCCCUUUGGUGGAGCCAAGGCCGGAGUCAAGAUCAAUCCCAAGAAAUAUUCCGACAACGAGUUGGAGAAGAUCACCAGGAGGUUCACCGUGGAGCUCGCCAAGAAAGGUUUCAUUGGACCCGGCAUCGACGUUCCCGCUCCGGACAUGGGCACCGGGGAGCGAGAGAUGUCCUGGAUCGCCGACACCUUCGCCACCACCAUGGGCUACAACGACAUCAACGCUCACGCGUGCGUGACCGGCAAGCCCAUCAGCCAGGGCGGCAUCCACGGGCGCAUCUCGGCCACCGGCAGAGGCGUCUUCCACGGCAUCGAGAACUUUGUCAACGAGGCGGCCUACAUGAGCGAGCUGGGGAUGUGUCCCGGCUUCCAGGACAAGACCUUCGUCAUUCAGGGUUUUGGCAACGUGGGUCUUCACUCCAUGAGGUACCUCCACCGCUUCGGAGCGAAAUGCGUCGGGGUGGGCGAAAUCGACGGGAGCAUCUGGAACCCGGAUGGCAUUGACCCCAAACAGCUGGAGGACUACAAGCUGGCCAACGGGACCAUCGUGGGCUUCCCCGAGUCGUCGCCGUACGACGGGAGCAUCCUGGAGGCCGACUGCGACAUCCUGGUUCCUGCCGCCGGAGAGAAGCAGCUCACCGGGACCAACGCGCACAACGUCAAGGCCAAGAUCAUCGCAGAGGGCGCCAACGGCCCCACCACGCCCGAGGCCGACCGCAUCUUCCUGGACAGAAACAUCUUGGUCAUUCCGGACCUGUACCUGAACGCGGGCGGCGUCACCGUGUCUUACUUCGAGUGGCUGAAGAACCUCAAUCACGUCAGCUACGGCCGGCUGACCUUCAAGUACGAGCGAGACUCCAACUACCAUCUGCUGAUGUCCGUCCAGGAGAGUCUCGAGAGGAAGUUCGGCAAGCACGGCGGCCCGAUUCCCGUCGUUCCGACCUCGGAGUUCCAGGCCCGCAUCGCUGGGGCGUCGGAGAAGGACAUCGUCCACUCGGGCCUGGCCUUCACCAUGGAGCGCUCGGCCAGGCAAAUCAUGCGCACGGCCGACCGGUUCCGGCUGGGUUUGGACCUGCGCACCGCCGCUUACGUCAACGCCAUCGAGAAAGUCUUCCAAGUGUACGCGGAGGCCGGCCUCAUCUUCACGUAGCCGUCCGGCGGAAAAGGCGCUUUUGAGCACGCGUUCAUCACCAGGGUCGCGCGAUGUUCAUACAAAUGCUCGUUGGCGUGUUUUGCAUCCGCUUGACAGAAUUAAAGGCUGACGCACGUGCGUAUCGGCGCUGGCUUUUAUGACGCCCCUCGGCUUUUGCUAGCGUUUGACCCUUUUCAAGCGCGUCUUCCUUGGGUUCGGCAGCGCCAGCCCUUCUUUGGAAAGGGGACCCCGUUUUGUCCGCGUCCGGCUCCCAACGACGAGCGUCAUAGCUGGGGCCCGUUUUUUACUACCUGCGUCAAAUAAUCCAAAAUAACAUUUGGCACGGCCUGCAAGAACAUUUGUGUGUCUCCAAGCGACGGGUUUGCAAAUUCUGGCAUUGGCCUCCAAUGGAAUUUAAAGAGAAGAGAAACCUGUGACAAAACGUGUACUCGGCGUGGCGUGUCUCAACAUAAUCACGUCGAGAAGAAAAAAAAAGUCGCGUCGCUUUCUGCUCAGUGUCAAAAUCAGAAUUUGUGAACACAUCCCAUGAAUGCUGGACGGCAACGAAAGAUUGCUCGCUCGCAAACGACAGAUUGCCAAACGUAUGCGUCACAAGAAACCGGUUACAUGCAUAAAUUGCCCUAAUAAUGCGGCUUCGAGCGUCUGAGGGCCGGCGUUCAAAUCCCGGCCCCGCCCGUCUGGAGUUCGCGCCUUCUCCCUGCGCCCGCUCCGGUUUCCUCCCACGUCAAAAAUGGAACUUGAGCCAAGACUGUCAAUUGAAGACGUGCUUGUCGCGACGGGUUGUGGGCGUCCCCCCCGCUUCCCGCCUGAAGAUAGGUGGGAUGGGCUCCGGCCACCCUUGUGAGGAUAAGCGGCUCAGAAAAUGGCUGGAAGCCUAGUCAGUUAUUCUAUUGACCCUACUCCUGUCAUUCUCCAUCUAAGAAUUGUAGUUGAAGUGCACAAAGGAAAUGUGCUCGGAUCCGACCGAAACGGGAAUCCUCGCAAUCCCCGCCGCGCGGGAAGCCGCCGUCCACGCCCACAUUUAAAGAUGCAAACGAGGCCUUUAUCCAAAGUGCGGCUUCAUCGGAUGAUCGAGUCAAUUCAGAGUCCUUCCCUCUUUGACGUCAUUGUUGGGCGCAAAUGGACGUGUCAAUGGCCCGUAGGAUGAUAGCCAAUCAGAUGGCCCCGUUGCCUCGACACGCCCCCGCCAGCAACGCCGGUCGUCAGUAGCGUGCGCUCGGAAAAGUGAGUUCACGUUACGAAGAAAAUGGUCCUCGGAUGCGCGCUUACAAGGGGGCCCACCCGCUUGAUUCAUUUUGCAAAGCCUAAAACUCAGUCGACCAAACGUCUACGGCGGCUGGCGUACAAAAUAAAUGUGGACAAUGUCAACAAACACAAGGCUGGAUGUUCCGAGGUACGUGAGGGAGAGUUGGACGGAAUGAUUAUCAGGGCGGGAGCACAGCUUUCACUUUGCGACCUGCUGAACAACGUGCCUCGUGUUUUAUGCCCAAGAGUCGGCUUAAGGAGAUAUGUCUCGUUGCCCGUUUGGAUCACGUCAGACUUUUCAGACGGAGCACUGGGUUGGUUCCAUUUACGAGCCGACUCACUCGCUUCUUUACACGCGCACGAAGUUUGUGAUGGCCAACAUUUGGCUGCUCCGUCCAAAAUCUUAAUCUUAUCCUUGCGUGAAAUAGUUGAGAUCUCUCGGUAGCACCCUCUUGGACAAGUCUGGCACAUUUGGCAAAAAACAUACCGCUGUGGUGUUUACAUAAUUCACCCGCGGGACCUCGAGUUGGGGUGCGGGGUUCCGCACGGACUGUUUUUGUUGUUGCACUUCCGGAGGAAAGGUUAACAGAGUUCCCGCCGU